AUGAGCAGCAGUGAAUCAGAUGUAAGCCCGGAAGAGCGUAUUAGACUUUUGAAUGAGCGUAUCCAACAGCUGGAGACUGAUAAUCAGCAUUUGCGUUCCAACAUUGAUCAAGGUAAUGCUGCUGUACCCAGGGCUUCUGAUACUCCUGUUAAUUCUGGUGUGACUGAGCGUAAGCAAUUAGAGGGAGAGUCCAUUCGAGAGUUUUCUCAUGCCCUGCUGGCCUUGAUGGAGGCGAUAAAGCGUAACAACCCCCGCGGUAUCCCAAAUCCAGAUGCCCUACUUAGAGAUCAGUUUAUUGAGCAUGCCUUGCUGGUGAGUGAGUGUCGAGCUGACAGCCACGCCGUUACUGUUAAACCACAGGAUGACCUGUCAGAAAUGAAAGAAAGCUUACGAAAGCAGCAGACACAGUUAGAUACCAUUAUGCAGCUCCUGGCCUCCUCACACUCACCCACCAUGCAUGGCCAGGGCCCCACAGGACCCCCUCGUAGGCCAUAUCGUUUUCAACCCGACGCUGGGUCACUGCAGAUGGCAGCCGCCACCUGUGCUACACAUGUGGGUCGCGCCUUGCGUUCUGUGUUGUUCGAGCCUACCACUAGCCUACUGCCAGCUGGCCUCUUGGCCUCCAAAGCUUAUCUCUCGGUGGAGGACGGGAGGGUGUGGGUGCCUAUAGUCAAUGUUGGUGCGCAAGAUGUGUGGUUACCGCGCCGAGCCACCUUGGGUGAAGUGUUUGCGGUAGAACUUAAGACUGGGACGGCGGUCACACUGGAGAGAGACGGGGAGACUGAAUGUGUCGUACAAGUCAAUACAGUCCAGGCGCAGCAGGUCCCCCUUGAUUUGUCUGCCGUCUCGUGGCCCAGCCUCAGCCCUGACCAAGAUCAGAAGAGUAGAGAACUUCUUCAGAAGUAUAGUUGUGUGUUCAGUCAGGGUGAGGGAGACAUCGGGUGUACUGACCUGGUGCAGCACGAGAUUCCAUUGCUAGAUAACGCCCCUGUGAGGCAACGUUACCGUAGACUUCCGCCCUCUCAGUAUGACUUGGUUAGGACUCACAUUGGCGAGCUAUUGGACAGGGGGGUGGUGCGGGUGAGCUGCAGCCCCUACUCUUCCCCCAUUGUGGUGGUGCAGAAAAAGGAUGGUACUAUUCGGUUGUGUGUGGAUUACCGGCAGUUAAAUGCACAGACACGAAAAGAUGCCUUUCCUCUCCCUCGAAUAGAAGAAUCGCUGGAUGCUUUGACGGGGGCCACCUUCUUUUCCACCCUUGAUUUGGCUUCAGGAUAUAAUCAAGUGUCAAUGGCUGAGCAUGACAAGGCUAAAACCGCUUUCUGCACACCCUUUGGACUGUUUGAAUUUAAUAGGAUGCCCUUCGGCUUAUGCAACGCUCCUGGGACUUUUCAACGUCUCAUGGAGCGCAUAUUUGGCGACGAACGGUUCCAUUCUUUACUGCUAUAUCUUGACGAUAUAGUGGUGUUUUCCAGCGACUUCAAAUCACAUCUACAACGUCUCGAGUUGGUGUUUGAGAGACUGAAGCAUCACAACCUAAAACUGAAACUCAAGAAAUGCUGUUUUUUUCAGUCAGAGGUUAAGUACCUUGGCCAUGUCAUCUCAGCCGCAGGGGUGUCGACCGACCCAGAGAAGAUCAGGGCCGUUGAAGAGUGGAGGCGUCCACGGACUUUGACCGAGUUACGGUCAUUCCUAGGUUUUGCCUCCUACUAUAGGCGUUUCGUGGAGGGCUUCGCUCGGUUGGCGGCCCCUUUACAUAGAGUAGUGGGGGCGUUGCAGGGCUCCAAGAAGAGGCGUGGAUCGAGCUCACUGGAGGGACACUGGGACGAUGACUGUGAAGCUGCAUUCAGAGGGUUGAAGUGUAGGCUAGUUAGCACACCUGUACUGCUGUAUGCAGACUUUUCCAAACCAUUCAUCUUGGAGACCGAUGCGAGUCAUGCCGGUCUGGGGGCGGUACUGUCGCAAGAACAUGAGGGCAAGAGGAGACCUGUGGCAUUCGCAAGCCGGGGGCUACAUGCGUCCGAGCGCAAUAUGUCCAACUACAGUGCUAUGAAAUUGGAACUACUGGCCUUGAAAUGGUCAGUUACCGAAAAGUUCAGGGAGUAUCUACUAGGCACCAAGUUUACAGUGUAUACUGACAACAACCCUCUUAGUUAUCUGCAAACGGCCAAGUUAGGUGCUGUAGAACAACGUUGGGCCUCACAACUAGCGCUGUUCGACUUUGACAUAAAGUACCGUUCUGGAGUUCUGAACAAGAAUGCAGAUGCCCUGUCUCGCUUGACCGACCCACCGGCCCCAGCUUCUAUGUCGGAGAUGGCUCCGGGAACAGCCAUUCCGUUGGUGCUUCAGCGGGCUCAGCCCAGUGUCCAUCCUGUUAGUCCCCACGCUGCUUCUUGUGGGACUAUCGACGCCUUUCCCGUUCGAGGCAAACCGGAGCUUAAAGCUCUACAGGCUGCAGACCCAGUCCUGGCCCCCGUCCUGGGAUACUGGCAGAGGGGGCGGAAACCGACAGCCGAUGAGCGCAAGCUGGAAUCGGCGGAUGUACUUAAGCUUCUUCGACAGUGGCCUAGGCUCCAGGCCCGGGAUGGUGUUCUGUAUCGGCGGGUACGACUACCAGGGGACGCCGUCGAAACCCUUCAGUUGCUGUUGCCCCGGUCACUUCGGAGUGAGGUGUUCUCGGCCUUGCACAACGAUCACGGCCAUCAGGGUGGGGAGAGAACCGGUCGGCUCAUACGAGAGCGUUGUUAUUGGCCGGGCCUUCAGAAGGAUCUGGAACAGUGGUGUUCGAAGUGCGAGCGGUGUAUCGUGUCUAAGGGGGGUCAGCCCAAACUGAGGACUUUUCCGGGCCAUCUUCUCGCUUCCAAACCCUUGGAGGUAAUUGCGCUCGACUUCACCCUCCUAGAACGAGCUAGUGAUGGGCAAGAAAAUGUAUUGGUUAUUACCGACGUGUUCUCAAAGUUUACUCAAGCUUACCCUACACCUAAUCAGAAAGCAAAUACAGUGGCCCGUAUUCUAACAGAGAAAUGGUUCUAUUCUUACGGUGUCCCGAAACGCAUCCAUUCCGACCAAGGGAGAAGUUUCGAGAAUGACCUUCUGAGGAGCUUGUGUACUCUUUACGGGGUGCAGAAGAGCCGCACUACCCCCUAUCAUCCCCAGGGGAAUGGCCAAUGCGAGCGGUUCAACCGCACCCUGCAUGACCUCCUGCGUACGCUCCCACCAGCGAAGAAGAGACAGUGGCCAAAACACCUUCCCCAAGUAGUCUUUGCUUACAACACCACCGUGCAUUCUUCUACUGGAUACUCCCCCUAUGAACUCAUGUUUGGGCGCAAACCUUUCUUACCCGUGGAUGCCCUCCUGGGUUUCCAUGAUUGCGAUGGGGAAGGCUCUGUUGAGGAUUGGGUACAAGAACAUCAAGAACGCCUCAGAGUGGCAUAUGAUCUUGCCGGGCGCCAUCUGGAGGAGGCAGCUGCGAAAAGAGCUAGUUGUCAGCCCCAGGCCAACGCAGAGCUUCUCCCGGUGGGCACCAUUGUCUAUCGACGAAAUCAUGUGCAAGGCCGAAAUAAGAUUCAGGACGUAUGGGGCCCAGUCAAGUAUCGAGUGGUCAGAUGCUUGGAUGAUGAGGGUAGAGUCUACGCCAUCUGUCCCGUAGAGGGGGAAGGACCAGUGAAGAACAUCCAUCGCACGGAGUUACGGGUCUGUUCCCCCUGCCCCGGGCCAGAGCCAGGGCCCAGCGCAGGGACACCAGAAAGAGGCACUGAGUCGGGUGCGUCUAACCAGGAAGACGAGUCAGAGGAGGAUACAGAGUGGUUGGUGCCGGCAACACCAAUCCAACAACAGGAGUUCAUGGGGCCCAGUAUAGCAUCCCCAGUCAGAGUAGCUGACCCACCUGCACCGGGUGCAGAACAACACGAGUCCCCUACGGUCCCCGUUUCGCCACCACAAGAUGUAGGAAGGCCAUUGGUGGAAGAUGACGUGUCCGCCGAGGUUAUCCCCCGUCGGUCAUCUAGGGCACAACGGGGUUGCCACUCAAACCCACACCGAUUACCUCGAUCUGUGGCCGCGGUGGGGGGUGAGGAAGGGGCUGCGGCUCACCCGUCAGAGGGGCCUCCCAGUUUCCUUGAUGCACGGUACCCAGCUGGAACCCGGCGUGACCCAUAUCCCGACUUGCGCUUGGCAGACCUGAUCUGGAGGGGCAGUGAUUACCCCCAGCCAGCGGAGGGCCCCACUGACGAUCACCAGCAGGGCAAUCCGGAAGAGGACACAUCCUCCCCCGUUCCAUUUGCAAUCAUGAGCAGCAGUGAAUCAGAUGUAAGCCCGGAAGAGCGUAUUAGACUUUUGAAUGAGCGUAUCCAACAGCUGGAGACUGAUAAUCAGCAUUUGCGUUCCAACAUUGAUCAAGGUAAUGCUGCUGUACCCAGGGCUUCUGAUACUCCUGUUAAUUCUGGUGUGACUGAGCGUAAGCAAUUAGAGGGAGAGUCCAUUCGAGAGUUUUCUCAUGCCCUGCUGGCCUUGAUGGAGGCGAUAAAGCGUAACAACCCCCGCGGUAUCCCAAAUCCAGAUGCCCUACUUAGAGAUCAGUUUAUUGAGCAUGCCUUGCUGGUGAGUGAGUGUCGAGCUGACAGCCACGCCGUUACUGUUAAACCACAGGAUGACCUGUCAGAAAUGAAAGAAAGCUUACGAAAGCAGCAGACACAGUUAGAUACCAUUAUGCAGCUCCUGGCCUCCUCACACUCACCCACCAUGCAUGGCCAGGGCCCCACAGGACCCCCUCGUAGGCCAUAUCGUUUUCAACCCGACGCUGGGUCACUGCAGAUGGCAGCCGCCACCUGUGCUACACAUGUGGGUCGCGCCUUGCGUUCUGUGUUGUUCGAGCCUACCACUAGCCUACUGCCAGCUGGCCUCUUGGCCUCCAAAGCUUAUCUCUCGGUGGAGGACGGGAGGGUGUGGGUGCCUAUAGUCAAUGUUGGUGCGCAAGAUGUGUGGUUACCGCGCCGAGCCACCUUGGGUGAAGUGUUUGCGGUAGAACUUAAGACUGGGACGGCGGUCACACUGGAGAGAGACGGGGAGACUGAAUGUGUCGUACAAGUCAAUACAAUCCAGGCGCAGCAGGUCCCCCUUGAUUUGUCUGCCGUCUCGUGGCCCAGCCUCAGCCCUGACCAAGAUCAAAAGAGUAGAGAACUUCUUCAGAAGUACAGUUGUGUGUUCAGUCAGGAUGAGGGAGACAUCGGGUGUACUGACCUGGUGCAGCACGAGAUUCCAUUGCUAGAUAACGCCCCUGUGAGGCAACGUUACCGUAGACUUCCGCCCUCUCAGUAUGACUUGGUUAGGACUCACAUUGGCGAGCUAUUGGACAGGGGGGUGGUGCGGGUGAGCUGCAGCCCCUACUCUUCCCCCAUUGUGGUGGUGCAGAAAAAGGAUGGUACUAUUCGGUUGUGUGUGGAUUACCGGCAGUUAAAUGCACAGACACGAAAAGAUGCCUUUCCUCUCCCUCGAAUAGAAGAAUCGCUGGAUGCUUUGACGGGGGCCACCUUCUUUUCCACCCUUGAUUUGGCUUCAGGAUAUAAUCAAGUGUCAAUGGCUGAGCAUGACAAGGCUAAAACCGCUUUCUGCACACCCUUUGGACUGUUUGAAUUUAAUAGGAUGCCCUUCGGCUUAUGCAACGCUCCUGGGACUUUUCAACGUCUCAUGGAGCGCAUAUUUGGCGACGAACGGUUCCAUUCUUUACUGCUAUAUCUUGACGAUAUAGUGGUGUUUUCCAGCGACUUCAAAUCACAUCUACAACGUCUCGAGUUGGUGUUUGAGAGACUGAAGCAUCACAACCUAAAACUGAAACUCAAGAAAUGCUGUUUUUUUCAGUCAGAGGUUAAGUACCUUGGCCAUGUCAUCUCAGCCGCAGGGGUGUCGACCGACCCAGAGAAGAUCAGGGCCGUUGAAGAGUGGAGGCGUCCACGGACUUUGACCGAGUUACGGUCAUUCCUAGGUUUUGCCUCCUACUAUAGGCGUUUCGUGGAGGGCUUCGCUCGGUUGGCGGCUCCUUUACAUAGAGUAGUGGGGGCGUUGCAGGGCUCCAAGAAGAAGCGUGGAUCGAGCUCACUGGAGGGACACUGGGACGAUGACUGUGAAGCUGCAUUCAGAGGGUUGAAGUGUAGGCUAGUUAGCACACCUGUACUGCUGUAUGCAGACUUUUCCAAACCAUUCAUCUUGGAGACCGAUGCGAGUCAUGCCGGUCUGGGGGCGGUACUGUCGCAAGAACAUGAGGGCAAGAGGAGACCUGUGGCAUUCGCAAGCCGGGGGCUACAUGCGUCCGAGCGCAAUAUGUCCAACUACAGUGCUAUGAAAUUGGAACUACUGGCCUUGAAAUGGUCAGUUACCGAAAAGUUCAGGGAGUAUCUACUAGGCACCAAGUUUACAGUGUAUACUGACAACAACCCUCUUAGUUAUCUGCAAACGGCCAAGUUAGGUGCUGUAGAACAACGGAGAAGUUUCGAGAAUGACCUUCUGAGGAGCUUGUGUACUCUUUACGGGGUGCAGAAGAGCCGCACUACCCCCUAUCAUCCCCAGGGGAAUGGCCAAUGCGAGCGGUUCAACCGCACCCUGCAUGACCUCCUGCGUACGCUCCCGCCAGCGAAGAAGAGACAGUGGCCAAAACACCUUCCCCAAGUAGUCUUUGCUUACAACACCACCGUGCAUUCUUCUACUGGAUACUCCCCCUAUGAACUCAUGUUUGGGCGCAAACCUUUCUUACCCGUGGAUGCCCUCCUGGGUUUCCAUGAUUGCGAUGGGGAAGGCUCUGUUGAGGAUUGGGUACAAGAACAUCAAGAACGCCUCAGAGUGGCAUAUGAUCUUGCCGGGCGCCAUCUGGAGGAGGCAGCUGCGAAAAGAGCUAGUUGUCAGCCCCAGGCCAACGCAGAGCUUCUCCCGGUGGGCACCAUUGUCUAUCGACGAAAUCAUGUGCAAGGCCGAAAUAAGAUUCAGGACGUAUGGGGCCCAGUCAAGUAUCGAGUGGUCAGAUGCUUGGAUGAUGAGGGUAGAGUCUACGCCAUCUGUCCCGUAGAGGGGGAAGGACCAGUGAAGAACAUCCAUCGCACGGAGUUACGGGUCUGUUCCCCCUGCCCCGGGCCAGAGCCAGGGCCCAGCGCAGGGACACCAGAAAGAGGCACUGAGUCGGGUGCGUCUAACCAGGAAGACGAGUCAGAGGAGGAUACAGAGUGGUUGGUGCCGGCAACACCAAUCCAACAACAGGAGUUCAUGGGGCCCAGUAUAGCAUCCCCAGUCAGAGUAGCUGACCCACCUGCACCGGGUGCAGAACAACACGAGUCCCCUACGGUCCCCGUUUCGCCACCACAAGAUGUAGGAAGGCCAUUGGUGGAAGAUGACGUGUCCGCCGAGGUUAUCCCCCGUCGGUCAUCUAGGGCACAACGGGGUUGCCACUCAAACCCACACCGAUUACCUCGAUCUGUGGCCGCGGUGGGGGGUGAGGAAGGGGCUGCGGCUCACCCGUCAGAGGGGCCUCCCAGGUCUGUUUAA